UUGGCACUCUGUAGGCGAUGAACACUGCUUCUUCUUGGAACAUACUUUUUUGUUCAACUACACUGCUAUUACUCGUUUACUUAAACGAAGGGGGAGCUUUAUUACUAGAAAGUAAGGAUUGUGGGCUUGUAAAGGUAAUUUCACAUAGUGGGGCAGUCUUCGGUCCCAACCCAGACGAGUUUCCAGUACUGGAGAAGCCUUUGUUUUUGCUUACUGGAACGGGAGAGCAAAUAAACGAAUUUCCCAUUUCUGUCAACCGACUGGGAGAAGCUAGUUCUCAUCUGUGGAGUAACUUAGAAGAAGUGGAACUUGGCAAUACUGAAAGGCACCAGUCACUGUUGGUAGAAACGAGAAGAGUUGGUGACUGGGUAAACGCACUGAGAAAAUGGGGCUUAUUUGGGAAUGGUGUUUACGAAAAUCCAACUGAUAAAGAAGAAGGAGUCGACCAAGGUUCGGGAAUUGUUGAAGAGUUUCUCAACUUCGGUUGUGAACCAUUGAAAUCCCCAGACAAUAUAAAAGGUAAAAUACUUGUAGUUGCUAGAGGAAGUUGUUUUUUUUAUGAGAAAACCCUCCUUGCUGAAGCCGCGGGUGCCGUUGGAGUAAUUGUGAUAAAUGGCAAGCGUGAGCCUCCUGUACGGAUGCGUUCUCCCCUACAAUAUGACAAACCGUUGAAGGAUCCCUCCAUUCCUACGAUAUUGAUUUCUUGGGAAGAUUUCUAUCAGAAUAUAGCUCCAUGCUACAGAAGUAGGACGCCAAUAUCUGCUUCAAUUGAUUCGAGAGGCUCAAAGUCUCCUGUUUUUGAUAGCAACGAUGCUUUAAACUGGGCAAUGCUAAAGGCCAUGUUCUUUUGGAUUAUAUUUCAAUUUACUGUGAAUAUUUUUAGAUACCGGCGUCAAACGAGAAAUUUGAACAAGCGCAUAAGUGCAGUGCAAUCGCUACCUCAAUAUGUGUAUCAUGAAGCAGGUCCAGUAUAUGCAAACUCUCAUAUGAAUCGACGUUUGUGUAUUCAUAUGAGUCACGAAAAUAUAUUGGAAGGAAAUCAAGGAAUAUGUGCAAUAUGCUUGGAGUCGUUGAUUGAGGACGAAGUUGUUCGUAAAUUUCAGUGUGGACAUAUAUUUCACAAGGAUUGUAUUGAUCCAUGGCUUCUUCAGUCCAAUCUUUGCCCGACUUGUAAGAGAAAUGUUCUAGGGUUGCCUUUGGCAAAUACCAGAGUAACGCUUUCAGAACCUGAAGUGGAUGUUCGGGUGGAUGAUUGAAACCAGUUGUUCAUAAUAAACUCAAUUUAGUUGAC